AUGGAUAUCGCCUAUGAAAUUUUAGCAGGAGAAGCGUAUUCUCAUGACUCUGACUGCAUGGAUGAUGGAGGGCCAGCUUGUGCAAGCCAAAUGACGGUGGCUUAUCGCCUGCUAUGUACCUUGGUUUGUGUAUUGUUUAUUCAGGUCACUUUUGAGUACUUUGUCUUGAAAUACUUCACAGGGCCUUGGGUUUCCAAAAGUUUGACAAAAUCAGUCCCAAAGUCUCCUUAUCUCAUAGAAAAAAUCUUUGGGGUUAUACAAAUUGUUGAGCUUUUAUGUCAAAUUUACUCAAAAUCACAUGGGCAUCGGCUUAUAUUUUUGCUCAACCCAUGCCACGCAGUCACUUUAUUGCAAGCUUAUUGUCUUUUAUCUAACUCCCCCCUCCAUGAGUGAACAAAAAAAUUGUUCACUCAAGGAGGGGGGUUAUUUUUUUUUUAAAAAAAAUUUAUAAAUUUUAUAGAAAAUAUUUUUUUUUUCGAAAUUUAAAAAAAUCCUAAUUCGCAAAAAUUUGAAAGCAAAUAUAAAAUUUAUGUUUUUAAAAAGCAAUUUGUUUAAAAUUAAACAGAAUUAGGUCUAGAUUUCAUUAUAUUAAUUAUUACUUAUAUAUCAAAAUUUUUUCCAUAAUUUUUUUUUCUAUUAAAAAAUUUUUGUUCACCCACAGAGGUGGGUUUUUGGGCAAAAAAAUAGCGAUUUUUUCUAAUGGUUUUGUACCCUCACGGAGGGGGGAGUAAGUCAUCAGGAUUAAAUAAAAAAAUUUUUAUUAUCACAAUAGCAAACACAUGGUGCGCGUAAGUAAAAUGCAGAGAAAUCGCCUUAUUAUUCCCUACCCCAGGCAAUCUCCCACUAAAGUAUGAUUAUCUGUUAUUCCAUGCAGAGCAUUACUUAACUGGGAUAAUUGUUCCAUUUUUAUUAAUAUUAGCAGGAAGAUACACAGCUCGAUAUCAAUUUAACUGGAGAGCCAUAUACUUUGUAAGUGAUAAGAAGGGUUAUCAAUUCUUUACGCUCUAUCAAAGACUUGUUUUAUCAAAUAUAAGCAUGCUUACAUGGGCAAAUAUGAAUUUCACACUCUGUGCUGCCACAAGUAAAUUUUAGCUUACUCCCCCCCAUCCGUGAGCACAAAACCAUUAGAAAAAUCUCUAUUUUUGCCCAAAAACCCACCCACCGUGAGUGAACAAAAAUUUUUUUAAUAGAAAAAUUUUUUAUAGAAAAAAAAUUUUGAUAUAUAAGUGAUAAUUAUUAUAAUGAAAUCUCGAGCUAAUUCUGUUUAAUAUAAACAAAUGGCGUUUUAAAACAUAAAUUUUACAAAUUCAAUUAAUAUUUGCUUUCCUAUUUUUAUAGAAGUUAGAUUUUUUUUAAAUUUCGAAAAAAAAAAUUAAUCCUCCCUCUGUGAGUGAACAAAAUUUUUUUGUUUACUUAUGGAGGGGAGGAGUUAGCUGAUCCAUUUUAUCCAACCAUAGGAAAUAAUUACUAUUACUUGGCGGAGUUCUAUCUUUUUAUACUCUCUAUAACUUCAACAUAUUUAUGGCUAUCUCUUAGCUAUAUUUUGAGGCCUUCUUUAUUUAAAUUAAAGGCUAGUUAG